AUGCAGAGAUAUCAGCCUCCUCAUCAGCGUCAACGGGGCAGCGGGAUACCGCAUCGUUCUUCGGCUCAAGCGCAGAGCGGCUCCCUGAACGAUAACACCGUGUCUUCGAUCAGACCUUUGACCGAAGGGGAACCCUUCGCCCCUGGGCUAUCGGCGAGUAGAUCAAGGCACUCGCAUCAAACUCAACAUGCUUCUGCCAGCUAUAGAUCCAAGAGAGAUUGGACAGCACCGGCCCUCGCUUCGCCAGCAUCUGAUCUGAAGCCGAUGAGAUCUUCGACACCUGGUCGUUCGGGGGGCAGUGAGGGAAUGAACGAGAUGGAAAUGAUGCAAAGUGUAUCUAGGAGUGGUGGGGAUGGUGCUGAGGGUGAUGCGCUGAAAGACUGGACGACUCAGGAGCGCUACAGGGCUUAUAUUGAUGAACGGAUAGCCAAACAUCACGCUGUGUUUUCUACCCAACCUCACUCGAUCCCAUCUAAGGACUCCGCGGACGAGCUUCAGAGUCUGAAGAGUAUAGUGCUGCUCUUGCGAAAGCUUCGAGAGGGUGUUGUGGCUUCGCAUCGGAUAGAUGAAUUUGCAUUAGAAGUCUUCGAGACGUCUGCGCGAAUCUCUAUCCUGGCCAGAGAUGGUCCACAACUUAUCUCCUCGCUCAGCGGUUUGAUACCAGGUCUGUAUACUACCUUGGACGAGACCAAGGGCAAGCGACGAGCAGACGACCAGCCGUCAACCCUGGAGAACCGUCUGGCAGGUCUCAAGAUUGGGCAGCGGACAUCAGCGGCAACCAAUGCGGGAUCAUCAGACAUCAUCAGUGAUAGCAGAGUCCAAUUCGCUUCCGUUCUGCUGCUCUACCACCUGGCGCACAGCAACUCUUAUCGAACUUAUCACUCAACCUUGAUAUCUCUGACGCAUCCCACUCAGCAUCGCCUACGACGACCUUUUCACGAUCUUGAGCCAGAAGUGGAUGCUAUCAGGUCGCGUACAUCGGGCAAUAGCCCGACCCGGCCAUUCGUAUCGAUGAAGCAUCUUCAUUUCGCUGCAAGCGCCGCCAGGGUCCUAUCGGAGGACUCAUUCGAUCCCGUACGAUACUUUGCCCUUUUGUCCGACUCUGAAACCUCGCCGUACGAGCGCGCGGUACUUUCUUGGGCGGAGGAACGGGUCAGAGAUAAGGCAUGGACGGUCAUGCGGAGAGCAUACCUCGAAUGCCGGGUGGAUUGGGUAGGAAGAUGGGUUGGCAAAAUGGAAGAACGGGAUGUGCAUGAUUGGCUGGUAUCGCAGAAUAUGGCAGUCGUCAACGGCAGGGUAUCCCUACGGUGA